AUGUCCAAUUAUAAUAUACAUCAGGUUUUUCCUAUUGUGGAGAAGACACAAAAUGGAAGUAAAUAUAUCCAGUCUUUUCAGCCAUCUUCAAAUUACCCCGAACAAGAAAAAAUUCAUGCUGGGGAGGAGGCUUACAAAUGGAAUCCGUGUGGGAGAGUCUUCAGUCAAAUAUUCAAUCUAAAUAGAUGCAAAAAAGUCCAUAGUGGAGAAAAACCUUGUACAUGUAAAGAUUCUAGUAAAACAUCUAUUUGGCCUUCAGGUUGUACACUAAACCAGAUAAUUGGUACUGGAGACAAGCCUUACAAAUGUAAAUCGUGUGGCAAAACUUUUAAAUAUCAUUCAUCUCUUGUUAUACAUAGGGGAAGAUUUCAUAGUAUUGCAAAAUUUUAUAAACUCAGGGAAAAUGGAAAAGACUUUAGUCAGUUCUCAAGACAUACUCAAAACCAUACAAAUCAUACAGAAGGAAAUUCGUACAAAUGUUCAGAGUGUGGCAAAACCUUUAGUCGACUCUCAAACCUUAUUCUUCAUCAGGGAAUUCACACUGGAGAGAAAGCUUAUAAAUAUAGAGAAUGUGGCAAAUCAUUUAACAGCUAUUUAGUUCUUAUUAAUCAUCACAAUGUUCACACUGAAGGUAAGUCUUAUAAAUGUAGAGAAUGUGAUAAAGCAUUCCUCCACACCUCAAACCUGUUUCGACAUCGGAAAGUUCAUAAUGGAGAGAAGCCUUAUAAAUGUACAAAAUGUGUCAAAGCGUUCAGUGCGUCCACAAACCUUAAUAGACAUCACAGAGUUCAUACUGGAGAGAAGCCUUAUAAAUGUAGUGUAUGUGGCAAAGCUUUUAGUGAUUCCUCCUCCUUUAAUAAACAUCACAGAGUUCAUACUAGAGAGAAGCCUUAUAAAUAUAGAGAAUGUGGCAAAGCCUUUAGGCAGUCCGAAUCCCUUAGUUAUCAGAAAGUUUAUAUUGGAGAAAAGCCUUAUAAAUGUAGCGAAUGUGACAAAGUCUUUAGCCAGUCCUUAUCCCUUAAUCGUCAUCAGAGAGUUCACACUGGAGAGAACCCUUAUCAAUGUAGAGAAUGUGGCAAAGCCUUUAGAUGGUUGUACUCCCUUAAUAUACAUCAGAGAGUUCAUAGUGGAGAGAAGCCUUACCAAUGUAGAGAAUGUGGUAAAGCCUUCAGUGAUUCCUCAAAACUUACUCGCCAUCAUAAAAUUCAUACUGGAGAGAAGCCUUAUAAAUGUAGAGAAUGUGGCAAAGCCUUUAUCCAGUCCUCACACCUUACUAGUCACCGGAGAGUUCAUACUGGAGAGAAGCCUUAUAAAUGUACAGAAUGUGGCAAAGCCUUUAGAUGGUCUUCUCAAUUUACUAAGCAUAAGAAAGUUCAUCCUGGAGAGAAGCCACAUGAAUGAAGUGAAUGUGACACAUCCACUGG